CGCACAUACUCCCGAAUCUUUUUGAAGACUCCUAUUUUUUUGCUCCCUUAGGCCCAAGAUGGGCGAUCUACUAAGCGUCAGGGCCAGCAUCGUUGCUCUGGCCCAUAUGAGCGAGGCUGUGAUUUCAUACCUUCGCGAGGUUAAAGAUGUCCGCAAAGAAUGCAAAAAGCUUCUUCUUGAUCUCCACUACAUUCGCGGGUUGUUGGAUAUCCUCCAGGAGACCGUUCAGGAUGUCACAAAUGGCGGGGAGUGGGGACCAACGAUGAAGGUGCUUGCGGGUAACGGCAGCCCACUCGACUCUUUGGAAAGGAUUCUGGGACCUUUUGAAAAAGAGCUGGAGAAUCAAUCGUCCGCAGAGGGCUUGAAAAGGUUGGCGAAGUCGUUACUCUGGCCGCUGACAAAGGAGAAAACGGAAGGAAUCCUUCAAGCCGUGGAGAAGCAGAAAUCUUUACUUCUGAUAGCACUGGAGAAUGACCACUUACUUCUUUCCGCCGAAAUUAAGAAGGACACUACAACUAUUCGUCAAGACCUUGGGUAUGUACAGAAGGAUAUCCAAGGCGUCGCAGACACAAUUUCGUCCCUUAACAGGAACCUGCAUGAGGAUACGGUAUCUAAGGCCUUCAACUGGCUCUCUCCUCUUCAAUACGAAUCAACACAAAAUGAUACGUUUAAGCAACACUUUGCCGGGUCAUUGGCUUGGUUCUUUGAAAGACCCGAGUUCCAGUCUUGGUUAUCGGGAGACGGCAAAAUUCUGUUCUGUCCCGGCAUACCAGGAGCAGGGAAGACUGUUCUCGCUGCAACUGUUGUCCAUUAUCUGCACAAGCAUAUUGCGCCAGAUGCAGACAGCAUCGCUCUCUCUUGGACUUAUUUCAGCUUCAAAGCACGAGCAUCGCAAACUCCACAAAAUGUUCUAGGGAGUAUUUGCGCCCAGUUCGCGCGCAAGAGAAUAGAUUUGACGGAUAAAGUUGUCGCUGCCUAUAGAAUAGCCAUGUCCAAAAACGAGAAGACGAAUCCGGAUACCAUUCAACUUCUCCGCGAAUUCCUUUCAAAGUACACCAAGGUCUACUUGAUCAUGGAUGCAAUGGACGAGUACAGCGAAGACGACAUGGGAUGGUUGGAGGUUUUCGAUCCGCUCCGGAAACUUACUGGGCAUCUCAACAUCAUAGCCACUUCAAGGCCAAUUGCUAGUAUCGAGAGGGAGUUUGCCGCAGCGUUGAAGGUGGAGAUCUCGGCUCACGAAGCCGAUAUUCUUUCAUACGUCCAUGCGGGUUUGGAACAGCGUGUCUUUAAAAAGCAUACGAGCGCUGAUAGGGGACUGGAAACAUAUAUCGAACAAACGCUACUGCAGAAAAGUCAAGGAAUGUUCCUCUUGACCAAACUCCACAUGGAUACUCUGAUGAAAAAGGCGAGAUAUAGCAAAAUGGCUAUUCGUGACGCGGUGGACAAGUUGCCCGAGAAGUUGGACCAAACAUACCAGGAUACCUUGCAACGAAUAACCUCUCAGGACGACGAUGAUGCGUUGUUAGCUAAGCAGAUUUUGGCCUGGAUACACUUCUCGCAUGCGUUCCUGUCCACGCGAACACUUCAGCAGGCUUUGGCGAAGUUUAGAGGGGACGAUCCAGAGAACGAUGAUUGCUUAAUUGACUCGGAUCUGCUCGUCUCGGUUUGCGCUGGUCUUGUCGUCAUCAAUGAGGAAAGUCAGGUUAUACGGCUAGUACACUAUACAGUCGAAGAAUAUUUUCGACGAUGCUUCGAUACGUUCUACCCCAAUGCCGCAAGAGAAAUCAAUUACUGCUGCUUUCGUCAAGUACAAGAGUCCAGACAACUUGCAGCAUGGAUGGAAUGGAAACAGUUGCUGGGUGAAGAUUGGUGGUGGUACUUUGAAUUCGAAGAGGAGAGAAAUAUGAAUGAGCAUGGCCGACAGUCACACUUUGCGAAAGUUCCUUUCUCUCGAUAUGCCUUGUUUCACGUCGAGUUCCACGCACCGGACUUGAUCCUGGGAUUCCCAGAUUGGCAAACGCCAGGCAGCUUCCAUCCACGAUCAAAGAUUCAAAAUUCGGUGAUCGAACUGUCUUCGACAAAUCUCGAAGUGGCGUACAAACUCCUUUUUUGAGGUGUGCGGCUCCGACAACUUGAAUCUAAGAGCGGCAGUAUUCUUUGGAGACACAGCUGAAGUUGGCAACGUUCUGAGCUCUCAAGACUU